AUGAGUUCGCCUUCGCCAGUUGUAGCUUGGGGAAUGGAUGUCAUCGGUACUAUAGAGCCAACCUCUUCUAAUGGACACAGAUUCAUUUUGGUUGCCAUUGAUUAUUUAACCAAGUGGGUGGAGGCAGCCUCUUACAAGUCGUUAGCUGAUGAAAGAGAUAUGUUAGCGACUUUAUAUUAUUCAUCGAAAGUCAAGUGCUUAUCGCCCCCAAAUGAACGGAGAUUUAGAGGCCGCCAACAAGAAUAUCAAAAAGAUUUUGAGGAAAAUGAUCGACAAACAGCGAGGUUAUCGAACGACGGUCAGAACAUCGAGUGGGCUACUCCAUACUUGCUAGUAUAUGGAACAGAGGCAGUCGUACCUGUUGAAGUCGAGAUACCGUUCUUGAGGAUCAUCCAGGAAGCUGAAUUAAGUAACGCUGAAUGGGUUAAUAAACGGAUUGAUCAACUAGCUUUAAUUGAUGUGAAGAGAAUGGUCGCCAUUUUCCAUGGCCAGUUGUAUAGACAGAGAAUGACUCGCGCUUUUUCACAACAGAGUAAGAGCCAGAAAUUUCGAUGUUCGUCAAUUGGUUCUUAA